UUUACCAUCACUACUUCAUAUUACUUUUUCAUUUCCACAAAUAUGAAAGCUUUCUUGUCUAAUCAGAGAAUGAGCUUCCUUCUUCGUUCCAUCUGUUUCCUUUUUCUCGUUUCAAGUAUUCUAAACACGUUUGUUUCUUCUACACAACACUUGUGUCAUUCCGAACAAAGGGAUGCUCUUCUUGAGUUCAAGAGUGAGUUUUCGAUCCAGGAACCUGAUUAUUCAUAUGGGUCCUCUUAUCCGAAGACAGAAUCAUGGGUGAAUACAAGUGAUUGUUGUUCUUGGGAUGGCAUCACGUGUGCUGCUAAGUCGGGGAAAGUGAUCGGACUAGACCUUAGUGACAGCUUCCUCCAUGGCCCACUUAAAUCCAACAGUAGUCUUUUUAGACUGCGCCAUCUCCGUCAUCUGAACCUCGCUGGCAACAAUUUCAACAAUUCGCAAAUUCCAAUCAAGCUUCUUCAACUAACCAAGUUGGUGUCUCUUGAUCUUUCAUCUUCAAGAGAUUUUUCUUCUUUAUCCAUUGAUGGAUCCUUUCUUCAUCUACUUGCUCAAAAUUUGAGGAAUCUUAGAGAACUGGAUAUGAGCAAUGUAAACAUUUCUUCAGAAGUCCCCCAGCAGUUUUCAAACAUGCGAUUUCUAAGAUCAUUACAUUUUACCAACUGUAGCCUCUUUGGUGAAUUUCCAAGUAGUGUUCUUCUGAUACCGAGCUUACAGUCCAUUAGAUUAAGCGACAAUAUAAAUCUGAGAGGAAAUCUUCCCGUGUUUAGUGAAAAUAAUUCUUUGGUAGAGCUGACCAUUAUAAACACAACCUUUUCCGGCCUCAUACCAGACUCCAUUAGCAGCCUCAAACAUUUGACUUCUUUGAUCCUUUCCUUAUCUAAGUUCUCAGGGAAGAUUCCAUUUUCACUUGGGAACCUUUCUCAUCUCUCUCAUCUCGAUCUCUCUUCUAAUAGUUUUGUUGGUGAACUCCCAUCAUCAAUUGGCAAUCUACAACAAUUGACUGAUUUUGAAGUUUCGGCUAACAAGCUCAGUGGAAACUUGCCAGCUUCGAUACUCAAUUUGACCCAACUACGUACACUCUCUCUCUCUUCAAAUCAGUUCACAGGUUCCCUUCCACCAAUCAUCAGCCAAUUCUCCAAAUUAGAGUCUUUUUAUGCUGAUGAUAAUCCUUUUACGGGAGCCGUCCUUUCAUCCCUAGUCCAAAUUCCCUCAUUGACCACAAUCCGUUUGAGUUAUAACGAAUUCGACGACUUUACUGGGAUUGGGAAUAUCUCUCUGCUGCCUAAUUUAGAAGACUUUUAUGUUGGAAGUAAAAAUUACAACAAAGUCGUCGAUCCAGGAGUUGUUGACUUAAAUGUCUUCUCGCCUCUCAAGAAGCUGGAGAUGUUAUCUCUCUCGGGCAUCCCUCUUUCAACCGCAAACAUCACUUCUGAUUCUGUUUUUUCAUCAAAUUUGGCAUAUUUGGACCUGCCAGGCUGCAACAUCACUGAGUUCCCUGAGUUCAUAAGAAACGGAAGAUAUCUAGAACACCUAGAUCUUUCCAACAAUAAAAUCAAAGGUCAAGUACCAGACUGGUUGUGGAGACUACCGAUGUUGUCCAAUGUGAAUCUCUCUAACAACUCUCUCAGCGGUUUUAAUGGAUCCUCAAAAGUUUCUCCUGAGAGUCAAAUCACUAUGGUUGAUCUAAGCUCAAAUGAUUUUCAAGGACCACUCUUCAUCCCACCUUCAAAGCAUCUCAAUUAUUUUUCUGGUUCUAAGAAUAACUUCACCGGGGAGAUACCUCGAUCAGUAUGUGGACUAAGCUCUCUAGAGAUUCUAUAUCUAUCAAACAACAACCUCAACGGCUCAAUUCCUUGGUGCUUAGAGACUCUGGUGAUGAGUUCUCUUUCAGAUCUAAAUCUCCCUAACAACAGACUCAGCGGCAUUCUUCCUGAAAUGUUUCAGAACGCCAAGAGCUUAAUAACACUUGACGUCAGUCACAACCGAUUAGAGGGAAAAAUACCAGCUUCUCUUGGAGGUUGCUCUGCCUUGGAAGUUUUGAACGUGGGAAGCAACACAUUCAACGACAUGUUUCCCUUUCACUUGAAUUCUUUGCAGAAGCUUCAAGUUCUCGUCCUCCGCUCUAACAAGUUUCAUGGCACAUUACAUAACGCUGAUGGGGUUUGGUUUGGGUUUCCUCAGUUGAAAAUCAUUGAUGUAUCAUAUAAUGACUUCUUUGGUACAUUGCCAUCUGAUUACUUUUUGAACUGGACUGCCAUGUCUUCCAAGAGUGAUGAUAAUAUAGAACCAGAGUACAUUCGGAGUGGUUCAAGAAGCUACUACUUUUCACUUGUGUUGAUGAUUAAAGGAGUGUCAAUGGAGAUGGAACGUAUCCAUACAAUCUUCACAGCCAUCGAUUUUUCAGGAAAUCAACUCCAUGGAACAAUUCCUGAUUCCAUUGGUUUGCUGAAGGAGCUUCGUAUUCUCAACUUGUCAAGCAAUGCUUUCACAGGCCACAUCCCAUCUUCUUUGGCAAACCUGACGAAUCUGGAGUCAUUAGACCUAUCCCAAAACAUGAUUUCGGGUGAGAGUCAAAUAUGUGGACUAAGCUCUCUAGAGGUUCUUGAUCUAUCAGACAACAAUCUCCAAGGCUCAAUUCCUCGGUGUUUAGAGACUCUCAUGAGGUCUCUUUCAUAUCUGAAUCUCCGUAACAACAGACUCAACGGCAUUCUUCCUGAAAUAUUUCAUAACGCCAAGAGCUUAACGUCAAUUGACAUCAGUCACAACCGAUUAGAGGGAAAAAUUCCUGCUUCUCUUGUUGGUUGCUCAGCCUUGGAAGUUUUAAAUGUGGCAAGCAACACAAUCAACGACAUAUUUCCCUUCCACUUGAGUUCUUUGCAGAAGCUUCAAGUUCUCGUCAUUCGCUCUAACAAGUUUCAUGGCACAUUACAUAACGCUGAUGGGGUUUGGUUUGGGUUUCCUCAGUUGAAAAUCAUUGAUGUAUCAUAUAAUGACUUCUUUGGUACAUUGCCAUCUGAUUACUUUUUGAACUGGACUGCCAUGUCCUCCAUGAGAGAUAAUAAUAUAGAACCAGAGUACAUUCGGAGUGGUUCAGGAAGCUACUACUUUUCACUUGUGUUGAUGAUUAAAGGAGUGUCAAUGGAGAUGGAACGUAUCCUUACAAUCUUCACAGCCAUCGAUUUUUCAGGAAAUCAACUCCAUGGAACAAUUCCUGAUUCUGUUGGUCUGCUGAAGGAGCUUCGUAUUCUCAACAUGUCAAGCAAUGAUUUCACGGGCCACAUCCCAUCUUCUUUGGCAAACUUGACGAAUCUUGAGUCACUUGACCUAUCCCAAAACAAUAUUUCUGGUUCCAUACCACAAGGCACACAAUUUCAACGACAAAAUUGCUCCUCUUAUGAAGGAAACCCCGGACUUGAUGGUCCUUCCCUUAAGGAUGUUUGUGGAGAUAUCAAAACACCACCACAACCCGAACUGGUGGAGACAAAAGAAGAAGAAGAAGAAGAAGAAUCAUUGAGUUGGGUAGCAGCAGGUUUAGGCUUUGGACCAGGAGUUGUAUUUGGGCUAGCGAUGGGAUACAUAACGACUUCGUACAAGCAUGAGUGGUUCAUGAAGAUUUUUGGCCGAACCAAGCAACAGAGCACCAGAACUUGUCAAGUCACUCAUCAAUAAAUUAUUUCUUCCUAAUCGCAUCGUUGUUAUAUAUGUUCAUAAAUAAUUUGUUGUAUCGCAUGUUUUGUAUAAUACAUGUUUUGAACUUUUAUUAAACCAAAGACUAGCAAAAAGAUUAAUUCAAUGACAGACCCAUCAAUAUUAAAAUGUACAAGUUGUUUGAUAAGCAACUUCGUUUACUCAAA